AUGAGUGGACGGCGUACAUUCAAGGACUUGAUUAAGAGCAUUUGCACCUGUGGAGGAGACGGUUUUGGAACAAUGUCGCCUAUAGGGGUGCGAUUGUAUGUUCAAGAUCGACAUGUUGUGAUAGACAAUGGCAUACUCCAAGUUACACUGUCAAAGCCUGAGGGAAUUGUUACGGGAAUUCGUUAUAACGCUGUUGACAACUUGCUAGAGGUCCUCAAUAAUGAAUCUAACAGAGGGUACUGGGAUGUCGUCUGGAAUUCACUAGAUGGAAGUAGCCGAACCGGAUUAUUUGAAGUGAUUAAGGCGACAAAUUUUAACAUUAUAAAGGAAAGCGAGGAACAGGUAGAGGUGUCCUUUUCAAGACCUUGGGAUCCCUCGCUCCAGGGCAAGCUCGUUCCGCUGAAUAUAGAUAAAAGGUUUAUUCUGCUCCGUGGGUGUUCAGGCUUCUACACAUAUGCUAUAUACGAGCACGUUGGUUCCCCAGAAUGGCCCGCUUUCAGCCUCGGAGAAACAAGGAUAGCUUUCAAACUUCGAAAGGAUAAGUUCCAUUAUAUGGCAGUAGCAGACAAUCGGCGGAGAUUCAUGCCUCUACCAGAUGACCGUUUACCUGGAAGAGGCCAACAGCUGGCAUACCCAGAGGCGGUCAGCCUUGUCAAUCCCGUAGAGCCUGAGCUUAAAGGAGAGGUUGAUGAUAAGUACCAGUAUUCCUGUGAUAACAAAGAUCUUAAGGUCCAUGGUUGGAUUUCUAUGGAUCCAGCUGUGGGAUUCUGGCAAAUCAUACCCAGCGAUGAGUUCCGCUCUGGUGGGCCCCUCAAACAGAACCUAACAUCCCACGUCGGACCCACAACCCUGGCAGUGUUUCUUAGUGCUCACUAUGCUGGAGAUGAUCUGGUCCCAAAAUUUGGCCAGGGUGAGCAAUGGAAGAAAGUUUUUGGCCCAGUUUUCAUCUAUGUUAACUCCGUGAUGGAUGGAGAGGAUCCACUAACUCUAUGGGAUGAUGCCAAGCAACAGAUGUUGGUUGAAGUUCAAAGCUGGCCAUACAGUUUUCCAGCAUCAGAGGACUUCCAAUCAUCAGACCAACGGGGUAAUGUUAAUGGAAGACUAUUGGUUCGAGACAAGUAUGUUAGUGAUGAUUAUAUUCCAGGAAACAGUGCAUAUGUUGGAUUGGCCCCUCCGGGGGAGGUUGGAUCAUGGCAAAGAGAAUGCAAGGACUACCAAUUUUGGUCAAGAGCAGAUGAAGGCGGCUAUUUCUCGAUAAACAAUAUACAUACGGGCAACUACAAUCUUUAUGCAUGGGUCCCUGGCUUCAUUGGCGAUUAUCGAAAUGAAGUUGCCUUCACAAUAACUCCAGGUAGUAAUGUAGAGGUAGGUGAUAUUGUAUAUGAGCCUCCGAGAGAUGGCCCGACAUUGUGGGAAAUAGGCAUUCCUGAUCGUUCUGCUGCUGAGUUUUACGUACCUGAACCUGAUCCGAAAUAUGUUAACAAACUUUUUGUCAAUCAUCCAGAAAGGUUUCGACAAUAUGGACUAUGGGAUAGGUAUUCAGAGUUGUAUCCUGGCGAAGACUUGGUCUACACCGUUGGCGUGAGUGAUUAUCGAAAAGAUUGGUUUUUCGCACAGGUUAUCAGGAAAAAAGAUAACAAGUACGAAGGAACCACAUGGCAGAUCAAGUUCAAACUCGACAUUGUCAAUCAAGCCGGAGUUUAUAAACUGCGUGUGGCACUUGCAUCUGCAACCUUAGCUGAACUGCAGGUUCGAGUUAAUAAUCCAAAUACAAAUCGGCCAUUAUUCUCAAGCGGCUUGAUUGGGAGGGACAACUCGAUUGCAAGACACGGAAUUCAUGGAUUAUAUUGGCUUUACAGUGUAGACAUACAGGGAGCUAUACUUGUGCAAGGGGACAAUACCGUGUACUUGAAACAACCAAGGAAUGCAAGUCCUUUCCUAGGAUUCAUGUAUGAUUACAUUCGACUCGAAGCUCCCCCGAACUAG